AUGAGUGAGGAGAAGGUUACUUAUACAACUGUGAGAUUUCAUAAAUCUUCAGUGUUGCAGAAUGGAGGAAGGUCAGAUGAGACUCAAGGGUCCAGAGAAGCUGGCCAUAGAAAGUGUUCAGUUCCUUGGCACCUCAUUGCAAUACCUCUGGGAAUCCUUUGUUCCACUCUGCUGGUGAUAGGUGCAGUGUUGGUGAAACACGUUUUUCAGUAUAGUCAAGAAAAACAUGAAUUGCAGAAAACUCUAAAUAAUCUCCAUCAAGAGUACAUCACCAUGCAAAAUGAGAGCUACUUAAGAGAAGAAAUGUUGAGAAAUAAGUCUAAAGAGUAUGAUGCCCUCAAAGACCAUCUGAACUCCCUCAACAGAAAAGAGAACAGACGCCACGGGGAAACUAAUCUUGUUCCAGAUUGCAUACAGAUCACAGGCACAAAUGUUGAAGGACACUGGUUCUGCUAUGGCGUAAAAUGUUAUUUCAUCAUGGACAAUAAACACUGGAGUGGAUGUAGUCAGACCUGCCAGGGCUGCAGCUUAUCCCUUUUGAAGAUAGAUGAUUACAGUGAACUGACGUUCCUAAUUUCCCGGCUUACUAAAAACAGUUACUGGAUUGGAUUAAAAUAUGAUAAGAGGAGUCAGAAAUGGCAAUGCAUUGGUGAUGGCCCAUCUAAAGUUAAUUUGACAACAAUGAAAUCAUUAAAGGAAAGUGGAGUCUGUGCAUUUCUCAGCUUUGGAGGUAUACUUCGUGAUGACUGUGGUAGAACCCACCCCUGUUUCUGUGAAAAGAGAAUAGAUAAAUUCUCUGAUUCAGUUUGCAGUAUAAAGGAAGAAAAUCACUCAAGGGCAGAUUUUAACUCAGACCGUACUUCACUUACUCCCAAGAUGAGUGAUGAGGAGAUUACUUACACAACUGUGAGGUUCCAUAAGUCUUCUUCAGAGUUGCAGAAUAAAGGAAGGCCUGAUGAGACUCAAGGGUCCAGAGAAGCUGGCCACAGAAAGUGGUCAGUCCCUUGGCACCUCAUUGCAAUACCUCUGGGAAUCCUUUGUUCCAUUCUGCUGGUGAUAGUUGCUGUGUUGGUGAAAAACAUUUUUCAGUAUACUCAAGAAAAACAUGAAUUGCAGAAAGCUCUAAAUAAUCUCCAUAAAGAGUACAGUACCAUGCAAAAUGCGAGCUACUUAAUGGAAGAAAUGUGGAAAAAUAAGUCUAUAGAGUGUGUUGCCUGCAAAGACCAUCUGGCCUCCCUCAACAGGAAACAGAAUAGAUGCUAUGGGGAUGUUGUUUUAGAUUGCAAGCAGCUCACAGGCAGACGUGUUGAAGGACACUGGUUCUGCACUGGCAUAAAAUGUUAUUAUUUCAUCAUGGACAAUAAACGCUGGAGUGGAUGUAAACAGACCUGCCAGAAUUGCAGUUUAUCCCUUUUGAAUAUAGAGGAUAAUGAUGAAUUGAAGUUCCUUCAGCUCCAAAUUAAGCCAUACAGUUACUGGAUUGGAUUAUCAUAUAACACAACAGAAAGCAAAUGGCAAUGGAUUGGUGAUGGCCCAUCUAAACUUGCCUACCUUCAUAGUGGAGAUAUCAGUGGGAGCCGCAUUUAUUACCCCAACUCUGGAAGCAGCAUUAAGUAUCAUGCAGCUGUGUUCUUCAGCCUGCAGCUGUGCUCUCAAGCCUGCAGACAGCAGCUGAAGAAGCUUCUUUAUACCUCAGCUUGUGAGAGCCUGCGGGAGUCCACGAUGGUUAGUGACUUGAACACAGUGAAAUUGAAUCAUAAUACUGGAAGAUGUGCAUUUUUAUCUAGAACAAGACUAGAUAAUGAUAACUGUCAUAAAACCUACACCUGCAUCUGUGAGAAGAGACUGGAUAAAUUACCUGAUUCACUCUUCAGCAGGAGCUAA